GUCAAAAUGUUUUACGAGUCAUUUCUCUUUCUGGAGUUCGUCAGUAUAUUCUAAGAUGACGUUUCCUUCGUUUUGCUUGUGCAUUGCAGCCAUUGUGUUUCUGACGGACGCGAAAUCAAUGACACAAAAACUUCUGAAUUUGGAUGUUCACACAAAAAAUCUUCAGAAUCUUCAUGCCCAGUUCCAAAAACUCACGAAAGCAAAGGGUUAUUUGUUAACGGAGACACAUUUUGAAAUGAAAACGAAAACCAUUUGCACACAUUCAGGAUGUUCUUCAUCUGUAGAAGUAGUGAAAGGAAGCCAAAGAAAUUGCCCGGGUAAUUGGAAAAAGUUUAGAGGAAACUGUUAUAUGCUUCUGUCAAAGAAACAGAACCAGGAAUCUGGAAAGAUUGCGUGCAAAUUGCUGAAUGGAAAUUUGGCUGACAUAACAUCUGAAAGUGAAAACACCUGGCUUCAUAAGACUUUUAAUGGUUUAAAGGACACCGCUUGGAUCGAUGCAACAGACAGAGCGAAGGAGGGAGAGUGGAGGUGGUCCUCCACUGGGAAGUUGUUGAAAUUUACUGCUUGGUGGAAAGGAGAACCAAACAACUCAAAUGGAAAAGAACACUGUGCUGUUGCUUAUACAACGGGAGGAAAAUGUGCUUGGUACGAUGUGUCAUGCAGUAUCAGUCGUCAAACUUUGUGCAAGAAGAAAGCAUAAACAAGAGCAUUGAAUGAAGAUGGAUGAAAUUGUCGUCGAACUGAAUAAAAAGCGAAAACAUCAAAA